GAGGCGGGCGCGGCGGAGCUCGCGGGCCUCCGGGCCGCGGCGCUGCGGGCCCUCGACCGGAGCACCCGCUCCGGCGCCUUCGCGUGGGCCAUGGGCCUCAUCCGCGAGGGCUCCGCUCCGGCCGCCGCCGCGGGCGCCUGCGCGCCCGCGGGCGGCCGCAGCCUCGCGGCCGAGGCGGCGGCGCCGCUGCUCGAGGGAGGCGCCGGCGGCACCCUGCGCACCCCGCCGGAGGACUGCCGCCCACGGCCUCGGCCCCUCGACGACGCGGCGCAGAAGCCGGCGCUGCCGGCGCCCGAGGGGCCGCGCGCCCUCGGCAGGGGCCCGGCCGAGCAGAGCGCGCCCGAGCCCGAGGGGCCCGCCAGCCUGGCCUCGCUGGCCGCCGAGGCCCGCCAGAGCCUCA